AUGGUCACAAAUCUGCAACCAGAGAGCAACCACGAUGAUUCAAAGUCAAACGUAUUUGGAAAUGCCUUACAGACGUGGAUUGAAAUAGAUUUACCGACAUUACAAAAACGAAUGGAUGAACAAGGGCUUGAAAUCAAAGAAUCUCAAAAAUCGAGUUUAGUAAGUAGGAAACACUUAGCCAACAAGACAAAGGAAUUCAAAAAACUAGAAGACUCAGAAAAAUUAGACCAAUUCAAGACGUUAUUAAAGCUAUAUCAAAAUGAAAUUGAUUCAUUGACCAAUAAAAACAAAAAUGUCGAGAAUUAUUUCUUUGGAACAUAUAGAUUAAUAUCAGAAGCACCUGAUCCAAAACCUUUAUUAGAAAUGUCAUUAGACUCGGUAAUAGAAAGUAAAAAUGUUAUACAACUAAGAUCUGAGGUAACCUCAUUACAAGAAGAGUUGGCCAAAAAGGCAGAUUAUGAUCAAUUGAAACAAAGAUUACUACUGAAUGAACAAAAAUCGGCUGAACUAUUGAGUUCAAAAUUGAAAGCAAAAGAAAAUGAGAUCAAGUCUAUUAUGGAAGAGAAAGAAAAUAACUGGCAGCAGAAAAGUAAGCAAUACGAGGAUAGAUUGAGCACAGCCCAAAAACAAAUUGAAGAAAUGAGAGCAUCUAAAGAAGUAACUGAGCUUCAAUUGGAUAACCAGAACAGGGGUCAAUCUGAUAAUAAUGAAAAUAGUUCAGCUUCCGUGAUGGCAGAAUUGGAUAUGGUAAGAAGAGAUGCGGAGCUGUCUAAAAAAAGGAUUUUUGAUUUGGAAAAAAGGAAUGAAGAAUUACGAAGGGAAAUAUCAAAAUCAAAAACUGAUAGUAAUAUUGACAUCAUAAAGAGUGAAUGUGAUAAAAGGAUUAAUGAAAUGGAAAGCGAAAAUAUCCUACUUGUUGCAAAUGUUGAACAAUUAAGAAAACAAUUGGCUGAAACUUCAAAUUUAAAUGAAUCAAAGCUAGAUUUAAUUAAUCGAGAAAAUUCACAAAUGGUUCAAGAAAUUAGCAAUUUGAAAAAUAAACUAAAUAAAACUUCAGACUAUGAAGAAAUCAAGCAUGAAUUACAAUUAUUAAGACAAAUAGAGUUCGGGCACGAGGAAGACCAAGGAGAUGGAAUUGAAGAGAAUAAUGUGAAAAUAGACUCCAUAGUCAUAGAAAGAAAUAAAGCUAUGACUCAUGAAUUAGCCAAGUACAGGUCUCAACAUGUAGACUUGCAUACCAGAAUAGACAAUCUCGAACAACAACUAAAUUCUUCAAAUCAAAUUAUUACUUCAUUAAAGGAAUUAAACAAUAAACUUGAAAAUGACUUAGCAGAUUAUCAAGAUUCUAAUCAAAACAAAUUCAAUGACAAUUCGAGUUUAAUAUCAGGAAUAAGUAGAAUGACGAGACCAGCGAACAUAAGGAAUGGCAGUAUAAUUUCAGGUUCAUCUGGUCAAGGAGCCUUUUCAUCAUUAGAUGAAUCAUCAUCUAUCUUACCAAUUAUUACUAAACAAAGAGAUAGGUUUAGGGAGAAAAAUAAUGAGUUGGAAGAUGAAUUAAGGAAACAAAUAAAUCAAGUAAAUGAUAUGAAAAGACAAAUUAAGUCAUUAAAACAAGAUAAUGAAGAAUUAUAUGAACGUAGUAGAUACUUGCAAUCUUUCCAAACACCAGGAUUCAAAAAUAUAACAACAACUUCAUCAGGUAGAAAGCUAUUGAAUCCUAAACCAAAUAAUAACAUAGAUUUAGAGAGUAAUCAUCAAAUCGAAUAUCAAAGGAAUUAUGAAAAUAAGUUACAUCCAAUCGAACAAUUUAGACAAAAAGAACAAGAAAGAAUAAGUUCCAGAUUAUCUCCGUUAGAAAGAUUAUUUAUUUCAUUGACAAGGGCUGUUCUUGCUACGAGAGGUACAAGGAUGAUUUUCUUUGCAUAUUGUUUGGGUUUACAUAUCAUUGUAAUGUUUAUGACUGUAUAUGCCAUGAAUAUUCAUACUUCAUUGAUACCCGAAGUUGGAUUAAACUCAAGUACGGGAGGAAUUGCUUCAAAUCAAGCAGGAUCACCUGGUUCUGUACAAAAGAUUCAAAACCCAACGUAA